AAAUAAAAUAAUAAAAGUAUAAAGGAUAAUUUUGAUAUUUGAAAGUUUAAAACCUAACCUUCAGUGCAUUUUCUCUGAAAGCAAACUCAAGUCGUAGCUGGGAAGUAACGGCUUCAAAAUUUUGUUACGUCUUUCUAGCUUUCUCUUUCUUAAUUGCAGCGGGACUUGGUAACUUUAAAAAUUCGAAAAACUUGAAUCGGUCCUAACAGAAGCGCGAGAUCAAAACCAAUUAAUUUUUGCUGGGUAGAAGAAAGAAGUAAUGGACAGCUUAAACCAGGCCAAAAUACAAAAAUUUGAAGAAUUUGUUGAUCGCCGUCUUAAACCAGAUCUUGUUCGUGCUAUUGCUGAAAGGGACAAGGUUUUUGAGCAGCAAAAAAUUUUCUCAGAUUUGCGAAAGAAUAUAGAAAAUUUAGAGCAAAACAGUGUAACGAAUCUUCGGACAUUGGUUAAUCUUGGGUCUGAAGUGUACAUGCAAGCAGAAGUGCCAGAUACACAACGAAUAUUUUUGGAUAUUGGACUAGGAUUUCAUGUGGAGUUCACCUGGUCAGAAGCGUUAAAGUUCAUCUCGUUGAGGGAGGAAAAGUUGGAAAGGCAAAUAGAGGAGUAUACCCGCUUGAUUGCAUCAAUUAAAGCCCAGAUUAAGCUGGUUUGCGAAGGAAUUCGAGAGUUGCUUCAGAUCCCAGAAGAGAAAACUGUAGAAGGGCGAGUUUUUUAGCAUUUACAGCUAGAAUAUAUCUGUUACUUAUCCUCAUGAUGAACAAACUUUUGAGAACACAAUGAAAUGGAACUUUGCACUUGAUUCCUUUUUGCACUGCUGCUAUCUGUGAUCAAGAAUUCUAGUUAGAAUGACAAGCUUUUCCAUCAAAAUCUUUCAUGUCCAAUGGUUCUUAUCUCAUUGUAACAUGCAGGCUGCAGAAAGCAAAAGUUGUGGCUUUUGAUCUCCUUUUUUUUUUUUUUGAUCUCUUGCCUGUCAAAGUAUCAACUCGUUCGGAGUAACAGACUUCUCACUGUUUCAUUCAUUCUUCAUUCAACAGAGAAAGAGAAGCAUACGUUAUAUAAUAAGACAGAAGGUUAAGGAGUGCCCUCUAAACCUAACAAUGGAGAUAAUGAUGAUCCACGUGUCGUGUAUCUAGUGGCUUAAGUGAGGUCCCUAAUCUCUUCUGUCUGAAAACCCAUGAUUGGUUUAGAGAGCAGAGUCCUUCUGUCCCUUGUUGUCGCAGUGCUUUAAAGCCAUACCGAACCACACUGAGGAAAAUAAGCUAAACGAGAGCUGACAUCGUAUUGUGGUGGGAAAAAAGAAAAGAGCUGAAAAGUGAACCGACAAAAGGGCAAAUCAAAAGUCAAACUUCAGUGGGCUUUUCUUGAAAUCCCAGAAAAGAACUCAUUUUCCAUGGAUUGUCUUGGAAAAAACAACUUCUUCGUUCGUUCAUCUCCACCAUCUCCACCACAACCAACAUGAAGUAGCAGUCCACCAAGCAAAUUCAGGGCCUUGGAAGAAAGCGAACGAGAUUUGUAAAAUCCUGACUAAUGGGACUGUGAAGGUUGGUGCUAGAGUUGGAUAUUAUAUGGCCUUUGGGUGGAGGGUUUGGUCAGUUGGGGCAGUUAAUGGGGUCGUAGCAGCUAUGUUCCUGUCAUUGGUGUAUGCCGAAGUCAGGAGGUGGCGUGCAAGAGUCAAGGAAGAGAAGAAGGUUCAAGAGAAAAACCAAGAUGUCAAAGAAAAUCCUGGAAGCAAAGACAGUUAAAAUAUCUGCUUCCCUUGUCAGCGCUGCUCAACUGUAAAAACUGAUAAAAGAUAAGAGAAAAGAUUGUUCUUGUUCUUGUUCUGUUUCUUCCUUGUUAGUCAGAGUCACAGGAGUUGGAAUCCAAGUACAACUUCUGACAGACUUACAUUUAUAAUAACUCAUUCUACAAGUUUCAAUUUCAUGGCGCAGAAGAUAAACCAGCUGUUGGUUCAAAUUGCUCAUAUGAACGAGAGCUACUAUCAGCACAACGCAGGCUUCCUGUGCUUCGAGUCAGCUGACUGACCCAUUGAUC